GCGGUGCGCCCAUGCGGAGCUUGCCCAGGGAGGAUGCUGCUGGUGAUGUUGAGGGAGACAACCAGUUGCUCUCAGGCUGUCACAGGGAAAGUGCAGCCUCCUCCCCCCCUGCACACCGACGGAUGAACAUCUUCGACCUGUUGCCUCGGCUGGAAGAGAAAAGUAGAGGCUGCGCGCUGCCGGCUGCCACCACAAUACAGACAAGUUGAUUCUCUUUCUGUCUGGGAAGGAGGUCUGCGACGACACCAUGAGAUCUAUCGAUGCGUUCUUUAUUCAUCCACGGUUUGAAUAGUAGAAGGGAGAAGAGCGGAGUUGGGUUUUGGGGGGUCCACGGUUUGGAGGCGUUCAUUUCCGUCUGUGUCUCCGGGCUUUGAGGAGGAGGAAGACCAUGGUUGAACUGGAGAAGGAGGUGCUCCCGCUGCCCCCUCGGUACCGGUUCCGAGACCUGUUGCUCGGGGACUGGCAGACCGACGACAGGGUGCAGGUAGAGUUCUAUGUGAAUGAGAACACUUUCAAGGAGCGCCUCAAGCUGUUCUUCAUCAAAAACCAAAGAUCCAGUCUGCGGGUGCGAAUGUUCAACUUUGCUCUCAAAGUGCUGAGCUGCCUCCUCUACAUUGUCAGAGUCCUGCUGGACAAUCCACAACAGGAAAGACAGGACUGCUUGAGCAGAGCCAACUGCACAAAACAAAACUCAUCCUCUCAUGCCUGGAGUGAGUUUGACUGGAAACUGAUCAUCUGGGUGGAUAGACCGCUACCGCUGUGGGCACUGCAGGUGUUUGUGGCUUUCAUCAGCUUCUCAGAGACGAUGCUGCUCGUGUAUCUAAGCUACAAGGGCAACGUUUGGGAGCAAGUGUUACGUGUCUCGUUCAUUCUGGAGAUGAUCAGCGCCGUCCCCUUCAUGAUCACUGUGAUUUUGCCGUCCUUCAGAAAUCUCUUCAUCCCUGUGUUUCUCAACUGCUGGCUGGCAAAACACGCUUUGGAGAACAUGAUAAACGAUCUCCACAGGGCGAUCCAGCGGACACACUCAGCCAUGUUUAACCAAGUGGUGAUACUCAUCAGCACGCUGGUCUGUCUCAUGUUUACAUGCAUCUGCGGCAUCCAACACCUGGAGCGAGCGGGCAACAACCUGACCCUGUUCGACUCGCUCUACUUCUGCGUGGUCACCUUCUCCACGGUGGGCUUCGGAGAUGUCACCCCUCAGAUCUGGCCCUCGCAGCUCCUGGUGGUCAUCAUGAUCUUCGUGGCGCUCAUCGUGCUUCCCAUUCAGUUCGAGCAGCUGGCCUUUCUGUGGAUGGAGCGGCAGAAGUCCGGGGGGAACUACAGCCGCUACAGGGCACAGACGGAAAAACACGUGGUGCUGUGUGUCAGCUGCCUCAAGAUCGACCUCCUCAUGGACUUCCUCAAUGAGUUCUUCGCUCACCCACGACUACAGGACUACUAUGUGGUGAUCCUGUGCCCAGCAGAGAUGGAUGUCCAGGUCAGGAGGGUCCUUCACGUCCCUCUUUGGGCCCAGAGAGUCAUUUACCUGCAGGGGUCUGCUCUCAAAGACCAAGACCUGAUGAGGGCCAAGAUGGACGACGCUGAGGCCUGCUUUAUCCUCAGUAACCGGUUUGAAGUCGACCGAAUAGCUGCUGAUCACCAGACCAUCCUCCGUGCCUGGGCGGUGAAAGACUUCGCACCAAGUUGCCCCCUGUACGUCCAGAUUCUCAAGCCAGAGAACAAGUUCCACGUCAAAUUUGCAGAUCAUGUGGUGUGUGAAGAGGAGUUUAAGUACGCCAUGCUGGCUCUAAACUGCGUGUGCCCCGGCACCUCGACGCUCAUCACUCUGCUGAUCCACUCCUCCAGAGGACAAACGGCAAACCAAGAGGCCUUCAAGCAACGUGUCGGAGCCUUUCAAGCCCUCAACAGGGAGGGCAGAGCGUGCUCGGCGGACCAGUGGCACCGAACCUACCGCCGCUGCUCGGCCAAUGAGGUGCAUCACAUCCGCCUGGACGAGAGUAAAUUCUUUGGAGAAUACCAGGGAAAGAGUUUCACCUUUGCUUCCUUUCAUGCUCACAAAAAGUAUGGAGUGUGUUUGAUUGGCGUGCGCCGACUUGACACCACCAACAUCCUGCUGAACCCCGGUCCCUGCCACAUCAUGGGGGCCUCAGACACAUGCUUCUACAUCAACAUCUCCAAAGAGGAGAACUCGGCGUUCGUCCGGGGUCAGAGGGAGCCGUCGUGGGGCGGCGCAGGAGGCAAUUCCAGGGGAGUUCACCAAAGCAUCUACCACGGGCUCACCCGUCUGCCCGUCCACAGCAUCAUCGCCAGCAUGGGCACAGUGGCCAUCGACCUGCAUGACUCCAGCGACAGCAGCCCAGAGGGCCAGGACCCGGGCGGCACGGGGCUCGGCAGUGGCAGAGGAAACAGGAGCGACUCCAGGACGGAGAUGGGCGGGGCCAACACCUUGGCCCUGCCUGCCAUGGGAGAAUCGGCCGAGGAGCGACGGCACAGCAUCGCCCCCGUCCUGGAGCUGGUGGACGGGGUCAACAACCCCACGUUCGACCUGCUGGGAGACCAAUCGGAGGACGAGGGAGGGGAGGAGGGCAAGGAGGACGGCGACGGCAGAGACGAGAGCGCCCACUGGUGGGGCCGACACUGCGAGUGGGUGAAGGGCUACCCGCUGAACUCCCCGUACAUCGGCAGCUCGCCUGCCCUGUGCCACCUCCUCCAAGAAAAGAUGCCUUUCUGCUGCCUGCGAAUGGACAAGGCUUGCCACCACAUCCCAUUCGAAGAUGCUCGCUCCUACGGCUUCAAAAACAAGUUGAUCAUCGUGUCUGCAGAGAGUGCAGGGAACGGCCUGUACAACUUCAUUGUGCCUCUGCGGGCCUACUAUCGACCCAGAAAGGAGCUCAACCCCAUUGUGCUGCUGCUGGAGAGCAUACCUGAAGCCGACUUCCUGGAGGCCAUCUGCUGGUUCCCCAUGGUGUUCUACACGGUGGGCUCCAUCGACAAUCUGGACAGCCUGCUGCGAUGUGGGGUGACUUUUGCCGACACGAUGGUCGUGGUUGACAAGGAGAGCUCCAUGAUCGCAGAGGAGGACUACAUGGCUGACGCAAAGACAAUCGUCAACGUCCAGACCCUCUUCAGACUGUUCCCAGCGCUCAGCAUCAUCACGGAGCUCACGCACCCAGCCAACAUGCGCUUCAUGCAGUUCAAAGUCAAAGACCACUACUCCCUGGCUCUGUCCAAACUGGAAAAGAAGGAAAGGGAGAAGGGGUCCAACCUGGUGUUUAUGUUCCGCCUGCCCUUCGCUGCAGGGAAGGUGUUCAGUGUCAGCAUGCUGGACACUCUGCUCUACCAGUCAUUUGUGAAGGACUACAUGAUCUCCAUCACCAGGCUGCUGCUGGGUUUAGACUCCAUGCCCGGCUCAGGGUUCCUCUGCGCAAUGAGAAUCACGGAGGAAGACUUGUGGAUCCGCACCUAUGGCCGGCUCUACCAGAAACUGUGCUCCUCCACUGGAGACAUUCCCAUCGGCAUCUACCGAACAGAGGCCCAAAAGCUUCCAGUCUCUGAGUCCCAGGUAUCCAUCACAGUUGAGGACUACGAGGACACCAGAGAAUCCAGAGAGCCCCUGUUGUCCCGCACCGGCGUGCACCGCAACUCCACCUCGUCGGAGCCCAUCUCCACCUCCUCCCACUCCUCGGACCACCCGCUGCUCAGGAGGAAGAGCAUGCAGUGGGCACGGCGGCUGAGCAGGAAGGGGGGCCGGGGCUCCAGCGCGGCCAAGGGGGGGCCGGGCAGCGCGGCCGAGAGGAUCAGCCAGCAGCGGCUGACCCUGUUCCGGCGCUCGGAGAGGCAGGAGCUCAACGCCCUGGUGCGAACGAGGAUGAAGCAUCUAGGCCUCUCUCCGACUGGAUUCAACGGGAUGACAGACCAAGGCAACAGACUGUCGUACAUCCUCAUCAAUCCGUCUCCGGACACCCGGCUCGAGCUUCAUGAUGUUGUGUACCUGAUCAGACCAGACCCCCUCUCUCUGGUACCCAAUCAGGGCAGCAGCAGGAAGUGCAGCGGCGGGCUGUCAGAGAGCCACAGGUUCGAGACGCAGGACAGCACCCAUCUGUGAGAGACACACACACUCACAAGAAAAAGGACAAAUAUACUGUCAAUCCACUGCCAGAGAGAGAGAGAGAGAGAGAGAGCGAGAGAAGAGAGAUAAAAACACACUUGAGGGAGAAGUGGAAAUCCAGAACGGCUGAGAUGGAGUGGGAUGCUGCCAGGGGGCGCUGGGCCCCUCGUCCUUUCUCCACGCUCAGUGUCGUUGAACUCAGAGGUGCCGGACGUGCAUGGACCUUUUCUUUUCUAUAACGAUGGGAAUGUUUUAUUUAUGCACCAUCCUAUUUUCAAAGCAGAGACCUGCGGACACAGAAGUGCAUUUAAGGAAAAACUGUCUGUAUUUAUAUCUGUGUAUGUGCAUGUUUAUGUACUGCAUCAUGUAUGUGCAGGGUGUAUGUAUGUGUGUACGUGCGUGAGUGAAUGUGUACGUAUGUUUAUGGAUCAAGAGCAAGACACUGCCAAUUUUAUCAUGGACGGCCAAAGUAACCUGCUGCCAAGUCAAGGGAGAGAUAUUCGGGUCCUUCUCUGUGUUGUAGGUGUGUUCUGUCACACUUCAUGUUGUUUGAUGUAUAGGAGAGUGACGCUAGAGUGCAGGACCCUCUGAGGUUUUUCCUUUCUUUCGUGUCUUUUUUUUUUCCGGGGGGGUUCUUCAUAGAAGCCUUUUUGAAACUUUCUACCUGUUGCUUACACCCUCAAACGCACACGUUGGUUUAAUGCUCACCAGCAGCGGAGCUAACCCAAAGAGCACCAGUCCCAGUAAGGGGACGAUCACACGUUGCAGGGCCUUUUUCAAAAAAGUAUCACUCUCUCCUCUUCUGUCGGUCAGUGUUAGCCGUCCGUCCAGCAGCUUGCUUUUUGCUGGCAUGCAUGUUAGAGGUGCAGGGAAUUGGAGAAGGUUUACCGUAUCAUAAGGCCGGCCCACGAUAACAACCCUGCAGUACAUGCAACUGAUGUAAAGCUCAUAAUAUUGCGAUGGUGUCAACUCUUAGUAGUGAAGCUGUAUUAUAAGCUUUACAAGGGAAUAUUUGCAGUAUUUAUUGCACCCUGCUAUAAAUAUCCACUUAAACGUUACAGUGAAUCCCUUGUUAGGGUGGAUAUUUAUACCAUUUGUUUAUCAGGGAUUUAAAAGCCUCUUUUAAUCGUCUGAACUUGAGAGAAUGGUGCAGCCACGUGGUGGAAACGCUGACGGGCUCCCCUGCCGCCCACCACCACUGCUGUAGCUUCAGUGCCAUUCAAACAUGAAAGUAUGUACAUAUUAAAGUCAGUCGUUACAGCUCGUCAAUGCUUUGUUGCAGUUUUGUUGUCACUAUUUGCAGCUGGGAAGAGGAAUCUGUGGAUUUCACGUGGAUUGUCUGACACAGUUUCUUGUGUGUUUCUCAGAACUCACCACCCUGAGCUAUUAUUUACUCUGAUGUGACUCACACUAAAUCUCAGGCUCUGCUGUAAUGUCCCCUCGCACGCAAGUGACCACAGGACGCGUUACACAACACGUGUUACAUAAGUAAGUCCUUGCAUACGUGUGAUUUAAGUCCAACAUGACACCCGGUAAGUGUUGGUAAGACUGUGUGAACAGAGUGAAGGAGGUGUUUUUAAAUAGUGGUCAGACUUUGCUUUUUUUUGCUCUCACUGUACAUUAACCACACUCUUCAUCUUGUUGAAACAUCAUCACCAUCCACAUAUUUACUUCCUUUAUUUGCUGCCAUGAGUUUAUUUCAUGAGGGCUCCAUCUGGAUUGCAGCCGCACAUGGACCCGACUUAAAUCUUAUAAGUUGAGUGGCAGAUAAAACCCCGAACAGAAACGUACACAGUGUGAUGUGAGAACACAAGUGUGGUCCGGCUGAGGACUCAAUGUGGAAAUGUGCAAAAUGAGGCGGAGGAAGUGGCAUCGCGACCGGUCAGCGUCCUUGUCACAGGAGACCACAGUGACCCGGGGAUGGUUAUCCAGUGACAGUGGAAGCCCCCACGUCCAAAUAGGAAACCGGCUGCAGAUGGACCCAGGGCUGAGGUGAGAGGCUUAACUUCCAAUCCCUCUCAAUAAGCUCGGAAUUACCGCUCAUGCAAAGUUUUCACACUAAAAGUGAUUCUCAAACUUAAUGUCAACAGUCUGGGUACAAGCUGUUGCUCUUGUCCACCGGCCUCGAUGAGCAGACCCUGUGCCCUGAUGCUUACCCGAGUGUCUGCACUGCUGAUCCCCCCCCCUUUCUUCCUCUCUCUGUCAGACGCCACUGACCUUUGUAGCAUGAAACAGCCUGCCCAGCGGGGGGGGGGCUCUCCAGCGGCCAUGGGGGGUCUCAACCAGCUGAUUAACAACACGGGGUUCCUAGUCAAAGGCAUCGUGCAGGGAGCCUUCAACACC